AUGUGCGAUGCACGCCGUCUGACGCGCGGGUCACGUAACAAGGUUCUAUUGUUCGUGUCGGAUGGUGCAGCCUAUAUGAAAAAGGCAGGCAAGGCCCCCCUUUUCCCGAGAAUUUUACAUUUGACCUGUGCAGCGCACGCGGUGCAUCGAGUAGCCGAAGAAAUCCGGCUCGUCUUCCCCGAUCUUGACAAACUCGUCGCGCACGGCAAGAAGGUUUUCCUUGAAUCCGCUUCCAGAGUCACGGAAUUCCGAGAGAUGGUUCCCAACGUACCCCUGCCACCUCAGCCCGUCCUCACAAGGUGGGGCACGUGGGUCAAUGCUGCGAUAUAUUACGCCCAGCAUUUCGAGGCGGUCGCCCCAGUGGUUAAUGCCCUGGACCCGACGGAGGCCGCAAGCAUCGGUGUGACGCAGGAGUUGGUGACAAGAGCAUCCUUGAGAGAAAAUCUAGCUUUCAUCUCCAAUCAUUUCGGAAAAUUGCCCUGUGGAAUAGAGAAGCUCGAGAGGAAAGGGACGAUGCUCUCCGAAAGCAUUGACGUGUUCGAAGAAAUCCUCGCGACGAUCGAGCUCACCCCCGGGCCCAUCGGGAAGAUGGAAGGCAUGGGAGCUAAACGUAAACGAGGUCGACCACCGAACCCUCGACGAGGAAGUCUACAUUCGAAGAACUCCAUGACAACUGAUAGUCCCCGAAGUCAAAGCACCCAAAACUCUGAUAGCAGUAGCGCUACCGAAGAGGAAACCUGCUUCUCGUUGAGACUACUAUUGCCCUGCAGUGGUUGUGGAGAAAAUGCUUCAGAACGUCGAAUGGUGGUCGUCUGUGAUCAAUGUAGAAAAGCUUACCAUCAGACCUGCCACUUUCCAAGAAUAUCUCAACUAUUUGUCGAUGACGCAUCAAAAUCCUGGAAGUGUAGAGACUGUGUACCACAAGGGUCGGUCCGGAAAAGCGCGAAAAACUUCAAGGCAAACACUCGUUUGCUCUACAAAACGACAAUUCUACCAUUUUCCCCAACCAAACUGGGAACCUAUGCCGCACACGAUACUGAAAAUUCAGCAGAUAGCUCUUGCUAUUGUGGAAAAACUGGUGUAUGGAAUGACAAGAUGCUCCAAUGUCGGAAAUGCCUUGUAUGGUACCAUGAAAAAUGUGUUUCUUCUUUGGCGUGGCCCCUCCUGGCGGGCGAUUUCUUCUACAAUUUCCGCUGUUCCGUCUGUACUGAAGGAGCGGAAUACCUUACCAGACUACCACUGUCUUGGGUGGAUGUGACUGAUAUCGUCAUGUAUCAGUUGCAUCUAACCCGGCCAGACAGCGAAGCCUUUGAAACCAACUCUGAGAUUUUCCCUUAUUUGGACUCGAUCUGGAGUCUGUUACAAGUUCCGAUUGAGCUCGAUGCGUGUUCUCCGGAGGAGCGACACAGUCAUGUUCUAUAUUGUUUGAAGCACAUGAGCACAAGGUAUACUCUCGCUAGUCUGGGUGGCCCGGGCGGUCCCGCAUUCAGAAUGGUGGACCCGCAACAAGUGCCCGCGCUCUCAGCCCAGCAUUGGCUGCUAAUCAACGGAACCCUGGUUGAAGACGAGGAUUCAGAUUUUGAAGAUCUCGAAAUGGCGAUCACUCGCUCGAUGAAAAGAGGGCUCGACGGCGAUGUAUCCGAAGACUCGGGAAGCUGUUCGACGCCGAAGAAGCGACCGAGGUCGUCAGCGGAAAUCCUGGCGGAAACCGAGGAGAUCGUGGAUUUAGAGUCCGACAGAGAAUCGUUAUCAUCCUCGGCGACGUCGAUCGCAUCGCUCGGCGCAGAAUCGAUGGACCACGAGCCGACCGUAACCUCUGGAACCGGGAGCUCCUUCGCGAAAAACAUCACUCAGUUGGCAAGGGAGGCGAUAGCAAACCACGGAGCGUCCGACGAGGACACCGCCGCCGAAACGGACGACGCACUCCCGUCGACGUCUGUAACCGCGCCCUCGAAGAAAGUAUCCGCGACGACUGUUGCGGGAACCUUGGAAACUACAGGGUGUUCUUCCAGUAGCCCCUCCGGUGACACGAAUCAGGGACCCAUAAACUCGGACCGGGCCGCCCCAUGCGCGAACGGGCUAGCGAACGAUGAAACUGCCAUGGAGACGGAAGCGGGCCCUUCAGCCCCUGCCAGAGAAAGUUACAAAGGGCGGCUACGGCCACGAACAGCAUGCGUUCAGCAAGUAUGCCGACCGAGAAGUAAGAAGCCAAAUAGAAGAUUCGCACAAAAGGCGGAGAUCGAUCCGUUGGAACGGCUACCGACGAUGGAAUGGUCCUUGAUGGGGAUCCCGCUCCCAGAAAAUUUUGAGGGACCAAAUCAUCCCUUUUGGGAGGAUGCAUCCCCGCCGACACGUCCCAAUAUCAUUCAGAUGGAGGUUCCGAAAAUAACGAAGAAAUAUAUAGUUCAACCGAAAGAUUUGAUUAUCAAGGAGGACGGGACGGCUAUAUUCAGACGCACAAGACGUCGCCAAUCAGCGAAAAACAACUCAAUCCAAGCUGACGCAUCGUCCAAUGACGCCCACGACACGAACGACGCGAGCGAGCAGCCGUCGACCAAAUUCUCCGUUCCGGAGGAUGCCGAAACUAACGACGAAUCACAAAACGGUCCAGAGCAGACUGGAAACGACAAACCUCGAGCCGAGAAGAAAUACGUCCCGUUCACCGGCGAGUGGAGUCUCAUGGAAGUUGCCUAUGCGGGACGACUCGUCAGAUUCAGAACAAUGCCUGAUGGCUCCGUCAUGGCAUUGGUCAAGCUUGAGACUGAACCUGCGAACCAAUCAAAAGAGGCAGGAGCACAUGCGAAUUCGUCCGGUAGGAGUCCCACGCAAAAGACGCACGGCUGGGUGCGAGAUUAG